AUGCCGUGCUGGAACGAAAAAAAGGGCGUUGCCGAUUUGGGUGCCUCGCCUGCUGCUGCCCCUUCUGAGCUCGCCUCUGCACAGGCGGAAAUUGUGAUGCCGUUGCGCCUCGAAGAUGGUCAGGCGAGGGCCGGCUCAGGCUCGUAUUUCGUCAAGGCUUCCCUCGCCGAUAAACGCGCGCCGGGCCUAGGCAAAGCUGGCACUGGCGGCGUGGCAUUUCGGCUGCUUCGGCUCGUCGGCCGCCCCCAGCCAGCCAAGCCCAAAGUGCAAAGCCAUUUGGCAGAGAGCCAUCGGAGAAAGGUCGCGCUCGCCUUCCCUUCGCUGCCCGCUAUCUCCCUCUCCCCCUCCUCCUCGUCCUCCUCGUCCUCCUCGUCGUUGCUCCUCGUUGUUCCUCGUCGCGCCUCUUCGUCCCUCGUCGCUGUGCCGUGGCAGUCGCGCUCUCCCCCUUCACCCGGCUCCGUUGCAGGGUCGGUAGCUGCCCGAGCGCCUCCAUCAUCUCAGUCCCUACCGCCGCCACGCCAUCCCCAUCCUCGCAGCACCACCUCCCGCCCUCGUCGAUCCGCCUUUGCACAUAGCUUAACCAUCCGUUCCUGUCAUCCGUUUUCCCAUCCUUUCGAUUUGGCUAUCGACGUCGCUCAAAAGCUUGCUCGCACACGCUCGGCUUCUCUCAUUUGGCGGCGCCAAGCUCGUGUGUCCCACUCGCCGUGCAGCAAUUGGCUGCUCUCUGCGCGCUCAGAGUUUAACUCGGCCAGCGUCCCACCAACGUGCGCCGCAUCCAGAGACGACGCCCGCGUCCCAUCGCGCCACGCCCAGUUCAUCUCGUUCGGCUUCAUCUCCUCGCUCGCCCGCUCGCAGUGCACCCGCAUACAACAAUCCAACGGCUGCGCGCGCGCGCUCGCUCGCUCUGCCCACCGCCGUCGAUCCACCCCGUCCGAUCCUCAGCGGCCACAUCAACCCGCUUCUCACCACCACCAGCUCAAGCUUUCUUCGGCCCACCCAAUCCGAUCCCUCUCCGCAUCAGCCACCACCGCCGAGCAACCCCUCUUUGGAUUCCCAUUCUAG